CCCGUCCUCAGCAUGGGCAUCUUGGAGAAAAUCUCGGACAUCGAGAAGGAAAUUGCGAAAACACAGAAAAAUAAAGCGACCGAGUACCAUCUGGGUUUGCUGAAGGCGAAGCUUGCCAAGUACCGGUCACAGCUGCUAGAACCAUCGAAGAAGGGCGAAAAGGGUGACGGGUUCGAUGUGCUCAAGUCGGGCGAUGCUCGCAUUGCCCUGAUCGGGUUUCCCUCGGUCGGUAAAUCUACGCUACUGUCGACGCUGACCAAAACGGAAAGUGAGGCAGCGAACUACGAAUUCACGACGCUCACCUGCAUUCCGGGUGUGAUCGAGUACAAGGGCGCCAACAUACAGCUGCUCGAUUUGCCCGGUAUUAUUGAAGGUGCUGCGCAAGGUAAGGGUCGUGGUCGGCAGGUCAUUGCGGUCGCGCGUACGGCCGAUCUGGUACUGAUGAUGCUGGACGCAACGAAACCGAACGUACACCGGGAUUUGCUAGAGUACGAGUUGGAAUCGGUCGGUUUGCGGCUGAACAAACGAAAGCCGAACAUCUACUUCAAGAUCAAGAAGGGUGGAGGCGUAAGCUUUAACGCGACGUGCCCACUGACGCGCUGUAACGAAAAGAUGGUCCAAACGAUACUGCACUCGUUCAAGAUCUUUAACGCGGAAGUGUUGUUCCGGGAGGAUUGUACCGAGGACGAGUUUAUCGAUGUCGUGUCCGGGAAUCGGAUCUAUCUGCCGUGCAUCUACGUGUACAACAAGAUCGAUCAGAUUUCGAUCGAAGAGGUGGAUCGGCUCGCCCGGCAACCGUACUCGGUCGUGGUUAGCUGCAACAUGCAUCUCAAUCUGGACUACUUGUUGGAAGUGUUGUGGGAACAUUUGCAGCUCAUCCGGGUGUACACCAAAAAGCCGGGUGCACCGCCAGACUUUGAUGAUGGUCUUAUUCUACGAAGGGGUGUCACGGUGGAACACGUAUGUCACGCAAUUCAUCGUACACUUGCGGCCCAAUUCAAGUAUGCGCUCGUAUGGGGCACAUCGACGAAAUAUUCACCUCAACGGGUGGGCAUUUCGCACAUCAUGAACGAUGAGGACGUGAUUCAGGUCGUUAAAAAGUAAU